CAUUCCUAAACAUACAAUCAUAAUAUACAAAUACAUAAUCGGGAUAAAGUGCUUGUAGUAUUUAACUGAAAAUUAUAAUUUUUGUUAAUGCUAAAUAGUUAAAAGAUAUUUAAAUAUGAGUGAGGCGGAUAAAGUGGCGGUCUCAUUUGCUUGCCAAAGUUGUAUGCAACCCAUUACUUUGGACGAGGGUCUAGACAAUAUCGAUGUACACUCAAUGGCUGAACUUUCAUUACCAAUUUAUUCUGGCAAUUUAAAUUCUCUUGAUACGCAUGAUGUAAGCGCUUUCGAUCAUUUUGUACCACCAUUUCGCUUAUCCGACUCGAUUUAUGGUACUGGUUUUAUGUUAGUUUCUGAUGGUCGUGAAAAGAAAUUGAGUGCUUCCUUUAAACUAAAAGCUGAAUUAUUCGAUUGUCUGUCCUCAAAUUCGGAAAUAGACCAUCCAUUGUGCGAAGAAUGUGCUGAUUCUAUGUUAGAAAUUAUGGAUCAAGAAUUAAAAAUAGCAGAACAAGAAUGGCGCGACUAUAAAAAUUAUUUGGAACAUCUUGACCAACAGGAUUGUCCAAAAAUCGCUGAGCUGGAAAAGGAAUUAAUUGAGUUGCAGGAGAACGAAUCUCGAAUGUUGUCAGAAUUGGAACAACUUAAGCUGGAGGAAGAAUCUUUGAAUGAAGAGGUUAAACGGGAGGAAGAAGAAAAAAACAAACUUCAGCAACAGGAAGCCAUAUACUGGCGCGAGUAUACGAAACAUCGACGAGAAUUAAUGCUUACCGAGGACGAUAAACGUAGCCUAGAAUGUCAGAUAAGUUAUGCAGAGCAACAACUGGAAAAAUUAAAGGAUGCCAACAUCUUUAAUAUUACCUUCCAUAUAUGGCAUGCAGGUCAUUUUGGUACUAUAAAUAAUUUCCGACUCGGCAGAUUACCUUCUGCUUCGGUAGAUUGGUCGGAAAUCAAUGCUGCAUGGGGACAGACAGUUCUUUUGCUAAGUGCUUUAGCACGCAAAAUAGACUUGACUUUCGAACGUUACCGCAUUGUACCUUUUGGGAAUCACUCAUACGUUGAAGUUAUCGGAGAGAACCGUGAAUUACCGCUAUACGGUACCGGAGGAUUCAAAUUCUUUUGGGACACAAAAUUCGACGCCGCUAUGGUUGCUUUUCUAGAUUGCUUAACACAGUUUAGACAAGAAGUCGAAAAGCGAGAUACAGAAUUUCUACUGCCUUACAAGAUGGAAAAAGGAAAAAUCAUAGAUCCGUCCACUGGAAAUUCUUAUUCAAUCAAAAUUCAAUUUAACUCAGAGGAACAAUGGACAAAGGCUUUAAAAUUUAUGUUGACAAAUCUGAAAUGGGGGCUCGCAUGGGUCUCUUCGCAAUUUGCUAGUGAAUAAUUCAAUUAAAUUUAUAACUUACAUUUUAAUAAUUAGAACCAAACUCUCUGGUUAAUCGCAAUUAAAUAAAAGGUAGUAUUAUUUUAUACAUUC